GCCGAGGGGCGACCCUGCAGCUUCACAGUGUACAGCAAGGGUCAGCUCAGAAGGGCCCCCAGUCAGACAUCUGGUGCCACGUCCCUGCUGCACCAGGGUCAUCCCAGAGCACACGACACGAGAUUUUGUCAGCAGGGUCUGGAAUAUCCCCAGGGAGGGAGACUCCGCACCUUGUGGACAAUCUGGUUUUGUGCAUGGGGUUGCUGAGACGCCUCUCUUCUCUGUGCUCCGUCCAGGCGAGACCCCGGCGCACAUCGGCGGCACCACACUGUUCGGGGAUAACGUGGAGGAUGAGUGGUUCAUUGUGUACCUGGUCCGGGAGAUCACCAGGGAGUUCCCGGGGCUGGCAGCCAGGAUUGAUGACAACGAUGGAGAGUUUCUCUUGAUAGAAGCAGCUGAUUUUCUCCCAAAGUGGCUGAAUCCUGAGAAUAGUGAAAACAGGGUGUUCUUUUACAAAGGAGAGCUGCACAUCAUCCCGCUGUCGGAGACCUCGGAGCAGGGCUGGGACCUCUCUGCUCCCUGUCCCACCAUCCCACAGGCGCUGGCACUGUUAUCCACCCGCUCCGAGGAGUUCCUGGCUGCAGAGCCCAUCAGAGCUGCGGUGUACAAACGCAUCGAUGGGUAUCCCGAGAAGAUCCAGGCCUCGCUGCACCGAGCCCACUGCUACCUCCCCGCUGGAAUCGUGGCCGUGCUGAGGCAGCGCCCGUCCCUGGUGGCUGCGGCUGUCCAGGCCUUCUACCUGCGGGAUCCGGGUGAUUUACGGGCCUGUCGUCGCCCUUUCAGAACCUUCCCUGCCGAGCAGCGUGUGAUGACCCUGGUGACUUUCACUCGGUGUUUAUAUGCACAACUGGUGCAGCAGAAGUUUGUUCCAGACAGACGCAGUGGAUACACCCUGCCCGCCCCAUCUCAUCCUCAGUACAGAGCCUAUGAGCUGGGCAUGAAACUGGCUCAUGGCUUUGAAAUUCUGUGUUCCAAGAGCAGUAAAGUAGCUCCUGAUGCCAAGAGAAAUGUGUUAAAUGGUCCUCUGUGGGAGAGAUUCCUCAGGAGCUUGAAGGAAAAAGAUUAUUUCAAGGGAGAAAUGGAAGGAUCUGCAAAGUACCUGGAACUGUUGCACAUGGCAGAAGAUCACUUCCAGCAGUCUGUUGAUGUGCCAGAAAGCUCUGUUGAAGUGAACCCAGGUGAUGAAAUCCUGACACUACUACAGACAAUAUCCAUUGAUUUGAAGGAAUUUGAGAGAGAAGCAGCUUGUCUUCCUCCAGAGGAUGAUGACAGCUGGCUGGAUAUUACACCAGAUGCUCUGGAUCAGAUGCUGAAGGAGGCAAGAAGUGAGUCCCUUCCUUCCACAAAUGAGGAAGAGCAAAAAUAUGACUUGGAAACAGUUGCUGAGAGCAUGAAGGCCUUUGUGUCCAAAGUGUCCACGCACGAAGGAGCAGAAAUGCCAUGGUCAUCUGAUGAAUCCCAUGUUACCUUUGACGUGGAUUCUUUUACAAGAGCACUGGACAGAAUUUUAGGAGCAGACUGGGAGGAGCUGGAUUCUGAUGAUCUGGAUGAAGAGGAGGAGCUGGAUUUCUCAGAUGGGGAUGAUGAAGAUCUGGAUGCUGGAAAUCCAAGGCAGGAGCAGAAGGUGUCUCCUGAGGAGCUCAUGGGCAGUCUCAAGUCGUACAUGAAGGAGAUGGACCGUGAGCUGGCACAGACCAACGUUGGGAAAAGUUUCACCACCCAAAAGAGAGGGGCAGGUUCUGUUGGAGCAGCCACAUCUGAGAGCGCUGGCCCCGAUCCUGGAGCUGAGGAUGCUGAGCUGGCACCCGUGGAUGUGGACAUGAACCUGGUGGCAAACCUGCUGGAGUCCUACAGUGCCCAGGCUGGCCUGGCAGGACCCACCUCGAACAUUUUACAGAGCAUGGGGCUGACUUUACCUGAGAACACAGAUCUCACUGGCCCCAGCAGCCGAGCAGAGCAGUGAGAGACUCUGGACAAGACGCGGCUGGUGGGGAACGAGGCACAGGCAGACGAGCAGGAUGUGGAACAAGAGGCCAAAGGUUUUAAUUCUGAGUGUUCUGUUCAUUAGUGUCACUUCAGCAAAGUGAAUUUACCUGCAAAAGCCUUCUGGUUGGACACUGUCUGGGAUGGAAAGGAGAA